GGCGGGGUCCAGGCGGCGGAACCCCGGGAGUCUGAGCUCGAGCCGCCGCCCCAGGCCGGCCCCGGCUGCAUCUCGGGCCGGUGCAGCCUCCGCGCCAGCGCGCGCCUUGCACGGCACCCCGGGUCCAGCUCGCCCGCCGCGGCGCGGCAGGUGCUCCCGGCGCCCGGCCCGGGCCAGCGGCCACCAUGUUCUCGUGUGUAAAGGCCUACGAGGAGCAGAACUACGCGGCCCUGAAGCGGAGCUGCCUGCGCAGGAAGGUGCUCUUCGAGGACCCCCACUUCCCCGCCACCGACGACUCGCUCUACUAUAAGGCCACCCCGGGGCCAGCCGUCAGGUGGAAGCGGCCCAAGGACAUCUGCGAGGACCCGCGCCUCUUCGUGGAUGGCAUCAGCUCCCACGACCUGCACCAGGGCCAGGUGGGCAACUGCUGGUUUGUGGCAGCCUGCUCGUCCCUCGCCUCCCGCGAGUCCCUGUGGCAGAAGGUCAUCCCAGACUGGAAGGAGCAGGAAUGGGACCCCGAGAAGCCAGACGCCUAUGCGGGCAUCUUCCACUUCCACUUCUGGCGCUUUGGCGAGUGGGUGGACGUGGUCAUCGAUGACCGGCUGCCCACCGUCAACAACCAACUCAUCUACUGCCACUCCAACUCCCGCCGCGAGUUCUGGUGUGCGCUGGUGGAGAAGGCCUAUGCCAAGCUGGCAGGCUGCUACCAGGCGCUGGAUGGGGGCAACACGGCGGACGCACUGGUGGACUUCACCGGUGGCGUUUCGGAGCCCAUUGACCUGAUGGAGGGGGACUUCGCCAACGACGAGGCCAAGAGGAACCAACUCUUCGAGCGCAUGUUAAAGGUGCACACCCGGGGAGGCCUCAUCAGCGCCUCCAUCAAGGCGGUGACAGCUGCAGACAUGGAGGCCCGCCUGGCGUGUGGCCUGGUGAAGGGCCACGCAUACGCUGUCACCGACGUGCGCAAGGUGCGCCUAGGCCACGGCCUGCUGGCCUUCUUCAAGUCAGAGAAGCUGGACAUGAUCCGCCUGCGCAACCCCUGGGGCGAGCGGGAGUGGAACGGGCCCUGGAGUGACACCUCCGAGGAAUGGCAGAAAGUGAGCAAGAGCGAGCGGGAGAAGAUGGGCGUGACCGUGCAGGAUGACGGCGAGUUCUGGAUGACCUUCGAGGACGUGUGCCGGUACUUCACCGACAUCAUCAAGUGCCGCGUGCUCAACACCUCCUACCUGAGCAUCCACAAGACGUGGGAGGAGGCCCGGCUGCGGGGCGCCUGGACCCGGCACGAGGACCCAAGGCAGAACCGCAGCGGCGGCUGCAUCAACCACAAGGACACCUUCUUCCAGAACCCGCAGUACCUCUUUGAUGUCAAGAAGCCGGAAGAUGAAGUGCUGAUCUGCAUCCAGCAGCGGCCCAAGCGGUCCACCCGCCGGGAGGGCAAGGGUGAGAACCUGGCCAUCGGCUUCGACAUCUACAAGGUGGAGGAGAACCGCCAGUACCGCAUGCACAGCCUGCAGCACAAGGCGGCCAGCUCCAUCUACAUCAACUCGCGCAGUGUCUUCCUGCGCACCGAGCAGCCCGAAGGCCGCUACGUCAUCAUCCCCACCACCUUCGAGCCAGGCCACACCGGCGAGUUCCUGCUCCGAGUCUUCACUGAUGUACCCGCCAACUGCAGGGAGCUGCGCCUGGACGAGCCCCCCCACACCUGCUGGAGCUCCCUUUGUGGCUACCCUCAGCAGGUGACCCAGGUGCAUGUCCUGGGGGCUGCAGGCCUCAAGGACUCCCCGGCAGGGGCCAACUCCUACGUGAUCAUCAAGUGCGAGGGGGAAGCAGUGCGCUCGGCCGUGCAGAGGGGCACCUCAGCUCCCGAGUACAACGUCAAGGGCGUCUUCUACCGCAAGAAGCCAGGCCAGCCCGUCACUGUCCAGAUCUGGAACCACCGAGUGCUGAAGGAUGAGUUCCUGGGCCAGGUGCAGCUGAAGGCCGACCCCAACGACCUGCAGGCCCUGCACACCCUCCACCUGCGGGACCGCAGCAGCCGGCAGCCCAGCGACCUGCCGGGCACCGUGGCCGUGCGUGUCCUCAGCAGUGCCUCCCUCACGGCUGUCUGAUGCCUGCCCACCUGCCCGGCCCCAGCAGCUCUCACCACCACCUGCAUGUCCCUGCCAGGCCUGAGACCACCUGGGAGCCAGACACUGGGGUCCUUUGCCCACUGUUGCACUGGCCUGCUGUGUGCCCUUGGGACGUCUCUGCCUGUCUCUGAGCCUCAUGUCCCAAGGGCCCCAAAGCACUCCCUUCUCACGUGGGAGUCUUCUUGCCCGAGAUUUAAAUCAGCCCUUCCCAGCCCACCUGGCGCCACUGCUACGGGACAGCGCUUACUGUUGAAGACAUUUUCCCAGGGCCUGCAGUCCACCGAGGAGCGCCAAGAUGUCACUUGUUUACACACAGACUGCCACAUUCCCAAGCCCGUCCUUGCCUCGCUGGGCCUGGGCCUACCCUGUCUCCCUCACCCCCUUCUCUCUCAGCUCCUGCCGGGCUCCUGCUCAGGCUGGACUCUGGGAGAUGUGCAGGUGGCCUUGGCUGAUUCUCUGACCUUGGCCCCUUGGCCAUCAUCCACUUGUUCACUCAAACAGAGAUUUGCCAAAUGAAGGCAGCCUGGGGUGGGUAGCUGUCACCUGGCCAGGGAGCCCUCCGCCAACAUUCCCCCAGAACACAGCCGAGAAGGGCAUGGUGCCCUUCCUGCUGCCCGGGCCAAAGCGUUUCAGUCCUCAAGCUUCCUGUUGUUCCCUGGGGGAGGAAGUCUCCCUUUCGCCCAGGGCUUCUCAGAGCAAGCUGCGAGCCAGCAGCCCUCUGCUCUUCUCCUGGCGCAAUUUUGGCUGCACGUGGGGAGGCCUGGAGAAGUGGGCCAUUUCCAGAGGGGCCGUGGCCCUGGCGAGGGGGCGAGGUUUGUAGCAGGCACUCUGGUAGCCGGCACCCACCGUGUUCUAGAAGCCUCUGGCUGAGCUUUGGUGCCGGGACGCCCUCACUGCCUCUGUGGGGCCCUGCUUGGGCCUCCAGGCCAGGUGUAGCCACAGAACGAGUGUGGCGGCUUCAAGAACAGGAAUUCCUCUGGGGCACCUGAGUCUCCGGCUCCAGAUUCCACGGCGUGUUCGCUCUGCCUCCUCACCCACAGCCGCCUGGACCCUGGCUCCCUCGGCCACAGCAGAGGCCAGGGACAGAAACAGGAGGAGGACGAGAGGAUCCCGUCCCAGAGCCGCGACCCCCACCCCCCGCCCCGAGGACCUGGGCCUGGGGCCAGGACUGUGCGCGUGACCAGGAGCGAAUCACUGAAAGCUCCUGUGCCUGCGCCCCGACGCCUGCGCUGUCAGCCCUGCUGUCACCGAGUGCCGGACAAGGGCAGUGUGGCGCCCUCCAUGCUCCCUGCACACCCAAUGUCUGAAAUUAGGCGGGGCUGGUAGACGCUGCUCGGCCAGCCUGGGCCUGAGCAGCCAACACGUGCUGCCUUGCUCAGCCACGCCCCCUGGUACGUGGAGGCAGUGGGGGAUGCCAGGACCAAGUAGCAGCAGAUGGGCUUCAACCGGGGGCUGGCCGCUGCCUCCCACCCCAGCGGAACGGAACUGGUACCACAGCCCUGCUCUCACUUCCGGCCCCUCGAGCUGGGCCAGGCUGGCUCCUGGCUGUGCAGGGAUCUGGGGACCCGGAAGGUGAGGGUCGAGAGUGGAUGGGGAGAGCAUUGCUUCAUGCACUCGGGGUCCCCACGUGCAAAUGGGUGUCGCCUGCAGCCUGCGCCGUGCAGGCCCAGGCUUCACCCCUGAAGGCCCACACGGGAUGGGGGAGAGGGAGCCUCAUCUAAUCUCACAAUAAAUGUUACCACAGUUUCAGAAAGGC